UCUGCGCACCAGCUCACAGACAUCAUCGUCGGGGAGGUGCUUCACGGCGCCGACGGUACCGACAUCCGCUGUGGCGUGAUCGGAGAGAUUGGCACCAGCUGGCCCAUCACGGAGAGCGAAAGGAAAGUGCUGAGGGCCACGGCUCACGCCCAGGCCCAGCUCGGCUGCCCCGUUAUCAUUCAUCCUGGCAGAAACCCUGCCGCUCCGGCGGAAUCGGUCCGGAUUCUCCAGGAGGCCGGGGCUGACAUCGGCAAAACGGUCAUGUCUCACCUGGACAGGACUAUAUUUGAUAACGGUGAACUACUCGAGUUUGCUAAGCUGGGGAGUUACCUGGAGUAUGAUCUGUUUGGAACGGAGAUGCUGAACUACUCGUACAACAUGGAGGUGGACAUGCCCAGUGACAGCCAGAGAAUCCAGACCUUGGCGAUCCUGGUGAAGGAGGGCUACGAGGACAAGAUCGUGGUCGCACAUGACAUCCACACCAAGAACCGCCUGACCAAGUACGGCGGCCACGGCUACUCUCACAUCCUGAAGAACAUUGCGCCCAAGAUGCUGAUGAGGGGCAUCUCGCAGCACCAGGUGGAUAAAAUUCUCAUCGACAACCCGAAACGCUGGCUGACGUUCAAAUAAAGCAAAAAAGGAGACCAGAGGCAGGCUUAUUGAUGUAGUGAUUAUUUUAUCUUCACAUGAUGACUGGACACCCCACAAUGAAUAUUUUUGAUAUCUUUGCAAUAAUCACGUUCCAAAGUGAUUCAUAAAUGUGCUUUCGGACCCUUAAACCAAUAAGCUAACAGUGCUUGUCCAUAAAUUUGCCUUUAAUGUCAAUGUUCUUGAAUUUUUCAGCAAAGCAAAAAUGUUUUUGUAACUUUUUUUCUUUUAAAUGGAAAAUAAUUAGAGGCUGUCGUUUCAUCCAGCCGAAAGAGUUUUUUGAAAGACCCUUACUAAUUAAAACUGAAUUUUAUAUAUGUGAUUAUACAUUAUCACUUUGUGAGCAAAUUAUAUAAAGGCGUCUUGCAGGAUCACAGUGCCGCUCAUUAGCAGUCUUGUUUUGGUCCCAUUGAUGCCACAAAAACCAACUUUUUCUUGUCUGCAGAAAUGUUAAUGCCGUCUAAGACAUGCAAAUAUUUUCCAUUCUCUGGAGGUAUUGUCUUACAGUGGGGCUCACAAACUGGUGCUAAUUGAUUUUGCCAUUUCAGUGUCAGUGUCAUAGCCACUUUCCUUGUAUUUCUAAGUGACAUUUCUGCGAACAUGUUUUAUGGAAUGAAAAUAAUGAGCGUGUCAGUAAUCAGUAUGCUGCUCUGCUCUUGACACAAUGCGGCGGUGUUAGAUGAGUUGUCCUGUUGCCCCUCGGUGGGUGUCAGCGUGUCUUAAGGGAGGCUGAGUGUCUGGCCAGAUGAAGGACAUGUUCUCCUCUCACCUGGGAACAGGUGGCCUCACAGGGUGACUCCGCCACAUGAUCAAUGGCAUGAUUGCAACAGUUGACUGUGCACCAUGAAAAACUAUAUAGCUUUGAUUAAUCUCUCUGAGAGGAGUUUAAAGUGAGCCAGAGAAUUUCAUUUUACGUUACAUACAAUCAGCAGGCAGAUCGAUGACUGUUGUUGAGCUCAAGGAGACAUUUCUGUCCAUGUGACCGUCCAAUUUUUCUGAUGGUGACUAACCGCCAGGCCGCCCUGUAGCCCCAAGCAGCUGUCAUAUUGAGACAGACAGACAAAAAAACGAGUGGCGAUGAUCAUUUUGUGACAGUGCUUCAAUGUGAACACCAGAAUGGCCCUUUACAGAUUUCUUUCUCUCCAAAGUCUUUUUAUGCUGCACAGUUAAAAUGGUAAUUUUUAUAAUCAUGCAUCACCACAGCUUUGAACAUUUCCACUCAAAGUGCAACAGCUAUCGCAUAAUGUUGAAAACAAAAAAAAUAAAGCACACCUUUGG